AUGAAAAAGGAAUAUAGUAAAUAAUUUGAAGUAUUAUAAGGAAGUGAUUGGAAGAGAAAUAAGUCUAGAAUAAUAUGAUUGAAAGUAAUUAUUAAAAAUAAAUUUUAGAAUGGGAAACAGUAUAAUAAUAAAUGUUAACUAGAUAUUUGUGGUUUAGAUGAAGAGAAAAAAUAAACCCUUUAGCCAGAGUCAAAAGUGAUAACAACAAGAACGAUUAAUUAAACAACGAUAUAGAUUGUAUAAGCAGAUAUUGUAGAAGAAUUGGUGGAUGUAGUAGGUAAAUUAAAAAGUAAAUUUUAGUGAAUUCCUCUCAUGAGCCAGCUUGGUCUUAUAUAUCAAAACGGUAAUAAGUUAAUAAUAAAUAUGAUUAGAGAUAAAAACAAUAAAGAAAAUGAAAUCCUAUAAUAAAGUAUAAAUGAAUUGUAUAACAAUAGUGAAAAUUGGAGAGUUGAUAGUAACGAAUACAGAAAAUGUUAAUUCAGUUUAAAUAUUUCAUGUAAGACUGCCAUUUUACUAGGUAAUAAAUUGAGAAAUAUAUUUAAAAGGAUGCGAAGGAUUUAUUACAAAUAUUUAAUGUUUAUAAAGAAUGCUUAUAAUAGAAAGGACAUAAGACAAUAUCGUUUACUGAAUAGAAUACUCCUAAUUUUUAGAUUCCAAAAUAAUUCCAUGCUGAAGUGUUGAUAAGAGCAAUACUUUCGUAAAAAUAUUAUAAAAUGAUUAGAUCAAUAUAAGAAGGGGAUGUAGAAUUUGAGUUGAUAAAGUUUGUGAGUUUAGAUUAACUAACACUAAAAUAUUUUGCUUAUGAAUUAAUGAAAUAAUUAGACGAAUUAAAAAUUCCUGAAUUAUUUAAAUAGCGAUAUCAAUAAUUUCUUAAUUUUUUAUGUAUAGUAUAGGAUGAAAUAUGAAUGUAGAGAAUGGAGAAGAUACAAAAUAGGAGGUUUAUCUAUUGAGUACUGGUAUUACUACAGAAAUAGAAGGUAUUAUGGAAUAGUGAUGAC